AUGAUCACUGUGAGAAGGAUGCUGCAGCAAGCUCUAAGAGUAUCCGGCCGGAGCGCUGUCCCUCUCCUCAAGUGGAUGGAAAGGUGGGCAGAGGGCGCUGCGGUCGCUCCCGACGGGACUGCGGUGAGGAGUCUGGACGACAUGCCUGGCCCGUCGGUGCUCCGCUUCGCCUGGGACUUAUUCGCCCGCCGGGGACUGUCCAAGUUGCAUCAGUUGCAGCUGGAGGGAGUUCAACGGUACGGCCCCAUGUGGAAGGCGAGCUUUGGCCCCAUCACGACAGUCCAUGUGGCACAUCCAGCACUUAUUGAGCAGGUGCUAAGGCAAGAAGGCCAACGCCCAAUGCGCUCUAACCUUUCCUCCUGGAAGGACUACAGGAAGCUCAGAGGUCAGCACUACGGGCUGCUGACAUCCGAAGGCGAGGAGUGGCAGGAGGUGCGGAGCCUCCUCGCAAAACACAUGUUGCGGCCCAAGGCGGUGGAAGCUUACGACAAAACCCUGAACGGCGUGGUCAGCGACCUCAUCGUCAAACUUCGCCAGCGCAGACAUGCCGAAGGCCUCGUGGCCGACGUCGCCAGGGAGUUUUAUUACUUCGGUCUCGAGGGAAUCUCAUCUGUGUUGUUUGAGUCCAGAAUUGGCUGCCUUGAGCCAGUCGUUCCAAAAGAAACAGAACUCUUCAUUGAGUCUAUCAACACCAUGUUUGUAAAAACGCUUCUUACAAUGGUCAUGCCAAAAUGGAUGCACUCGCUCUUCCCCAAACCAUGGAACACCUUCUGUCAGUGCUGGGACAACAUGUUUGAAUUUGCUAAAGGCCACAUUGACCAGCGCCUGAGGGAAGCAGCAAAAGAAAACAAUGGAGACAAAAUGGAGGGCAACUACAUCGCCUACUUCCUCUCCAAGACAGAUUUGCCCAUAAAGACUGUUUACAGCAACAUCACAGAACUGCUGCUUGCAGGCGUCGACACCAUAUCCAGCACAAUGUCCUGGUCAUUGUACGAGCUGUCGCGUCAUCCUGAGGUGCAGGCCUCACUGCGCGAUGAGGUCCUGACGGUACUAGAAGGCAGAAAGGUGCCUCAAGCAGAAGAUGUAGCUCGCAUGCCUCUUAUGAAGGCUACAGUCAAAGAAGUGCUCAGGUUGUAUCCGGUCAUUCCUGCUAACGCUCGAGUCAUCACUGAGAAAGACAUCCAGGUUGGAGGUUACCUCAUUCCUAAAAAUACUCUGAUUACGCUGUGCCACUUUGCAACAUCCCGCGAUCCAGCUGUCUUUCCAAAUCCCAAUGAGUUCCUGCCGAACAGAUGGUUAAACAAGGACCAGACUCACCACCCAUACGCCUCCGUGCCUUUCGGGGUGGGGAAACGCAGCUGCAUAGGCCGACGUAUCGCUGAGCUGGAACUCUACCUUGCUCUUGCCAGGAUCCUGAUAGAGUUUGACGUACGGCCAGACCCGAAAGGCGUUUCUGUGAAGCCCAUGACACGGACGCUGCUCGUUCCUGAAAGUGUCAUUAACCUGCAGUUUGUUGAACGAUGA